AUGAUUAUUAGUACACUUUCAUAUCAAAGUGAAAUUGCUAAUCAUUAUACAUUAGGUAGCUUGUUGAUUAAUGGUUAUGUUAGCAAUGAUGCUGUGGCAUCAUGGUGCUCUAGUAUUGGAUUCUCAUGUUUAAUUGGUGGUCAUUUCGAUAAAGCACAUAAAGAAGAAAUGCUUAAGAUGGUAAUAUCGAUUGAUCAAUCACCAAUAAAUGGUAAAACAUUAAUGGAAUUAUCAAGUGAUUUACUGAAAAAUCUGAUUUCACAAGUAUGUCUUGACUCAGAUACAGACGGUCGUGGUCGUCUUAUUCAAUCAUUAUGUGCAUUUGUAUUAUGUCUAUGCAUAUCUUCAUAUAAUAAAAUAGGAUCAUAUUCUAAUGAUUCAAUUAAACAAUUGAUAUGUAAAGAGAUAAACAUAAAAUCAUUCCAAGACAUACGUAAAAGAUUAUCGGAAUCUGAAUUUUAUGUCAAAGCAUUUCAAAAUCCACAAUUGAAAUUAGCAACACCAGAUGAAAUGGCACUUACUUAUGAUUUUACUCAAUUACAUGAAUACACUACAAGUUCAACAGAAGUUUGA